UUAGAAUCAGAAUAAACUUUAUUAGCCUAGUAUGUGUACAUAUACAAGGAAUUUGACUCUGGUUAACUUUGCUCUCUAUGUACAAACACUGAACAUAAAAUGCUACAAAAAUUACAAAGUAUGUACAAGCUUUAACUAGACAUUUAACGUAUAUAUAAAGACAAAAGUGCAAUUAUGAGGAAUGGAGUGGAGGGAAGAUUGUUUGAAAAAAUAUAUACGUGUCAUAUUGCAGGUUGGUUAAAUACAUGAGAUAAAUAUAGGGGAGAGUGGAGUAAGUUGAGCCAAAGGAUAAGUUGAGCUACCCCCUGUUGCUUGGAAAUGGUCAAAGAAAUUGAUAAUGUGACCAAAUAUUUAGGAGAUGGGCAUCAAUUCAUGGAGUCUGUGAAGGUUAGAAGCACAUGGGUGAAGGGGUUAGACAUUUAUUUCCAAAAAAAACAUUUUUCACUCUUGAAAGUGAAUUUAGUCUGUUAUAAGUUUUAUUAAAGUUGUGUUCAGACUAAAAAACAUCAUUUUAAAUUUGUUUUAUAGAUCAAUUGUGGUAUAUAUGAGCUACAACAUGAGGUCAACAUAAAAGUCCACCAUUUUAGCUUAGAGGACUAAUAAAGUCAUAAUAGUAGUUCAGGGGUAAGUUGAGUCAGUGGCUCAACUGAGUGGGGAGGUAGUAGGGAUACGGCUCAACUUACCCCGCUCCUAUGUUCAGCUUACCCCAUACACGGGGUAAGUUGACCAUAGGAGACCACUUUUUUGGCAUGCUUUAAUAUCAAGACAGUGAUGUUCACACUCCUGUUGGUUUGCAGGGAUGCACAACAUCUUGAAAUAUAUAUAGAUAGACUAGUUAGAGACAAAACUAUGAUUCCCUUAAUGUAGUGAUCCGAAAUAAGAAAAAUGGCUCAUCUUACCCCACUCUCCCCUACAUUUUUUUUAAAUAUAGUGUAAACAUUAUAUGAAAUAUUAAAUAACUUAUUGUAAAGCUUUCCUGUAAAUGAGAAUCAUCAUUCAACCACCCCUGACCUUACGAAUAAAUGCACAAUGUAGCUGUAAACGGCCACAAAUGUCCCAAAGUUACACAUUUGAAUAGUUAAAUGUCGUCUAUAAUGUUGUAAACCCGUCAAGUACUGUCCUGUCUCACUAGAGGGCGCUAACACAAAGCACCAGGUGGUCUGAGAAGAACUUGAGAAAGGAGGAGGCCAUUCACCAGCCUGUGUUAGCUACACACAUCUAGCUACUGUUAGCUAGCCGGCGGCUAAGAAGCAAGCCAAAACAUCAGUCUGUCUUAAUGUCGCCCGUGAUACCAAGUGAUGGCAAGAGAACAGUAUUCACAAACCGAAGCUGGUGAGUGACGGGUGUCCCUUUAUUUCACGAAAAAAAAUUCUUACAUUAAAACACUUUGUAGUCUUGUGUCAGCUAACGAGCUAAGUAACCGAUCGGUACCCGAAGCUAGCUAAGGUUAGCUCGGGUUGAUAAAGAUUUGAGUUAGCAUCGAGCUAACAAACACAGUGCUCUUUUUUUCAGAACUGUAUUACCUCAUCGCCAGAUUCCUGCAGUCCGGACCCUGUAAAAAAGCAGCACAGGUAACACAAAGCGAGACAUAAACACGUACUUUUAAAAUAACUAUGUUUUAACAAGAAGCUAGCGCUAGCGGCUGAGGCUAACUGUGUGUCUGUUGUUAGAUCCUGGUCCAGGAGCUGGAGGACUAUGAGGUGGGUUGAACUGGAUCUUUCUCUUUAUUUUCGAGUGUGAUUUCCGUGCUGCUUCCUAGCUCGCCUCUUUAUGGGCUGUUUUUCAGCAGGUCUGGAGGGUGUUAGAUAAAGGAGCGAGUUGCCGAGCCCAGCUAAAGCAGCAGUGGGGUGCUAUCUCUAACAGCUGAUCUUUUUAACUUUUAGUUGGUCCCUCAGAGAUGGAGCUGGGACGGACAGAAAUACAAACGGACCUUCCAAGAUUGGGUGAGUGAGAAUAAUAAUAUUAAACUUUUUAAAAAUCUAAUAGAGCACGUAACUUGUCUUUUAAAAUUCAUUUUCUUCACAACGGACGGUUUUAUUUUGUGUUUAAUCGACUAUUCAGAACGGGCUUGGUGUAAAUACGAUCGAAUUUACUUUAAUACAUUAAAACAUAAAUAUAAGUACAGGCCAGUAAAUUGGGAGGACAUGAAGGCUUAGCUUUUGUGUGGGCUAUUGGGAGGAGACUAGAGUCAAGAGCGAGUUGUGAUUGGUCCGAUCAGACUUAGUCUGCUGUCAGUCAUCGGUGUGAGCCAAUAGAAUUACUGCGGUAUUUGGGAGCGAACAGGAAAAAUAGUGAAGGACGUUUUUGAAUGGCCGCGAGUAGCUCCAGCCCUCCCCUUUCCCUCCCUUGUUUUUUUCUUGACUCUUCUUCAACUAGCUUUUCCGUAGAAACCCCACAGAUAAUAAGAUAUAGUUUUGUGAUGUGGACGUUGAAAACCCGAGUACAUCCCUUCUGAAGUAACACGUGGAGCUGGUUGCAGUCCAAAAACAUUGACUUCCCUCUUUGUCAGCAGAAACUAUUCUGUUCGGUGUUUUUAAUGAGGAUAGGCACUUGGAUUUUGUUCUAAAUGCUUUGUUGCUUUUGGUGAAGUUCUUCAUUCACAAGUGUCGAUAUUUAAAACAAGACCAAACCUACCUUACUGGAAGAAUGAGCUGCUACUUGUUUGUAAAUCCUUAAAAUUUGUUACAGACUAGAAAGCCCUAUGCCUAUUUUCUGUACUAGAAAUGUUCAAAUUGAUAUAGAAUGGCCUCUAACAUUGAAGUUGUUUUAUUUAUUUAUUUAUUUUUUUAUGUUAUUCAUGCUCAAUCUAAGGCAAAUAUUCUCUAGUUUUCUUUUAUGAUAAAUAAGUACCUUGUUUGUUUGUUUGUUUGUUUGUUUAUAAUUCAAUAAAAAAUAAAUAAUAUGAAAUAUCAUGUCUGCAAAGAGGGAAAAAAGUGAGGCAACUAUCAAAAAAGUCGAUUGGCAUAUAUACCUUAUUGUAGACAGCUAUUAUAGUUGAUAAAAGAAUUUGUUGUGAACGUAAACAUGGUCUGCAGUGGAUUCAGCCUUGGUCGUCUGAUUAUCACACUGAUCACUUUAGAUGAAAGUAUAAUUCAAGUCAUGAAAACAAACCCGUUUAGGUGCUUUUUAAAAACCAUAAUAGCUGAUAUUAUGGAUUUUGAAAACCACAUACAUAAUAUUAAAUAACAGACUCCAACUUGCAUAGUUUUUGUUAAAUUCAAUAUAUUUCACAAUAUUAUGACAGCUCAACAACAUAAGAAUAUUUUUUAUUUGCCUUUAAAACAUUUUUAUAUAUUCUGAAGAUCAUACUGUGUCACUUCAAACAGCUCUGCGUUAUCUGAUGAAUUUGGUAAACUUUUAUAUAUUUGAAGUAUUAUUUUUUUCCUUAGAAACAAUUUAUAAACUCCCCAGAAUUAAUGUUUCUUCUCAUUAUUAUUAUUAUUGUUGUUGUUGUUGUUGUUGUUGUUGUUAGUAUCAUUGUUGUUAUUAGUAGUAGUAAUAAUAAUAUUGUAUCAUUUUGUAAUAAUGUUUUUUGACUCCUGCAGAUGACUUUGAACCAGCACAUUCCUGCAGACUACUUGCUGCGUGUCUGCCAGCAGAUAGGCCCGCUCAUAGAAAAAGAGAUCCCACCUAGCGUUCCUGGGGUCCAAACACUUUUGGGACUCGGAAAACAGUCCCUGCUUCGCACCACCAGAAGUAAGCACAUUCUUCCAACUCAACUGAGCUCUGUUCUGAACAUUUAUAUCAAUAUUUUGAAAAUUACUGCCCGUUUCAUUUAGGUUGUAGCCACAAAUUAUGCAGCGGUUCAGCUGUAGCUGCGCUCCAUCGAGGACGUCCCCCAGAACCUCCAGCCAGCAGUGGAGAUGCUCCCAGUGUUGGUAUGUAAUUUUUUUUUGGUGUUACAUUGUUUGUACCAUGUAGAAACCUUCCACCAGUGAAGUUAACUGUUAUUUUUACUUCAAGUGACCAUCAUGGGGGCUCGUCAGGCCACAGGCACAGCUCGUUUUGGCCAGGCAUUGCCAUCUUCAUCCUACCAACACAUGAAGAUACACAAACGCAUCCUCGGCCAUCUUUCCUCAGUGUACUGUGUUGCCUUCGACCGCAGUGGUCGCAGAAUAUUUACGGUGAGUGAGGUCUUCAGCCUGAUAAUUGGUGCAUCAAAACUUGCAUCAAAACUGCCAUAUAUGAUGACAGAACUUCGCUUGAGUGCUGUUGCAGAAUGACAGCUUGUAAGAGUAUUUCCAAAUGUAUCUCCAAACCUGAUUUUAUUUACUUAUUGAAUUGAUGUAUCUCAAAAGCCUUAUGAAUCCUUUUUAUAUACUUUUUAUGUAAGGCCACGUGAAUUAUUAUUUACAGAAAACAGCUGUGAGUUCUGUUUGUGUUCAAGUGACAAAUGAAUGUUUGCUGCCAAUCUUCUGACUUGUGCCUAGAAAGAAAUCUUUUUGUUUACACUUUUGUAGAGAUGCUAAAGUUUCUACCUUUGUCUUGGUGUGUUUAGGGUUCUGAUGACUGUUUGGUGAAAAUCUGGGCCACUGAUGACGGCCGGCUCCUGGCAACUCUUCGCGGCCACUCUGCGGAGAUAUGUGACAUGGCUGUCAACCACGAGAAUACUCUCAUUGCUUCAGCCAGCUGCGACAAGACCAUCAGGGUGUGGUGUUUACGUACCUGUGCACCCAUCACGGUCCUGCAGGCCCAUGCUGCCUCCAUCACAUCCAUACAGGUGGGACUGAUACUUUUAAAGAAUAACUUCAACACAUCACAAUUUUGUUUAUCUGUUAUUGUCCCUAAGGUAAGAACAGGAAUGGGGAAGACAGCUUUGAGAUUUUUUGCUCCAAGUGCAUGGAACAUUUUGCAGUCAAAGUUCAGACUCUAAAGUCCUGUAUCGCUGAAUGUAUUCAAGUCCAAGAUAAAUUACCCCAAAUCCAGGCUUCAAAGUGUAAUUGUUUUAUUUAAGUCCAAAUUUUUUUUUGUUUUUUUUAACUAAUCAUGUAAAUUCAAUUGUUAUUUGUAUUAUUCAACAUUAUCAAAUGUUAUUUGUAUUUUAAUUAAUUGUGUUUAAUGUGAUUAUGUUUUGAAACUGUAUGUGCUGCCAUUCUUGGCCAGGUCUCUCUUGUAAAAUAGAUCUUGGAUCUCAAUGGGACUAACCUGGUUAAAUAAAGGCUAUAAAAAUAAUGAUAAAAAAAAUUUAUUCUCAACAAGAAUAACCAAAACUGACUUUCCUCUUCCCCCUUAGUUUUGCCCAGCCAUCAAAGGGACAACGCGAUACCUGGCCUCCACUGGUGCAGACGGCAUGGUGUGCUUCUGGAAGUGGCACUCAAUCAGCACAAAGUUUGAGUAAGAGUUUUAAAGAAAACUUCUUCUUUGCGUUCUCUAGAGUUGCCCCCUUUUAUGGAAAUAUUCUCAAUAUUUCUGUUUUCCACCCAUCUCUCAGUGACCAACCUGUCAAGUUUGUUGAGCGAUCACGGCCAGGAGUACAGGUCUCCACUUCUUCCUUCAGUAGUGGUGAGUGUAGUUUCUUUCUCUGUUGGAUUUUAAGAUACUAGCUUACCUUAACCUUAAUUUGUUGAAUGUACAUAAUUACUCUGGAUAAACAGAAAUACAGUGAGAGGAUGUGCGUGUGUGGAAUCUAAAGUAGCAUGAAUAUAUUUCUGUCAUAAAUGUCUCCAUGUUUACUGUGUAAUAGGAGGUAUGUUCAUGGCUACGGGUGGCACUGAUCAUCUGAUCAGGGUCUACUACCUUGGUGCUGACACUCCCAUGAAGGUGUCUGAGAUGGACGCUCACACAGUAAGACACUAAAUGCACUUUUUCCACUGUUUUGAUACAUGAAAAAAAAAUCUUUAACUAAAAUACACAACUCUUGUUUUAUUUGUCAGGAUAAAGUUGUGGUUGUCCAGUUUAGCAAUAACAGUGACAGGUAAGUGUGCGACCUUAGAUUUAGACUUCAACCUUUAUUUUUUGGUGUGUUUGUCAAAGCCACUGACAGGUAAAUGUGUGUUUGUGUCCAGCUUGAGGUUUGUAAGCGGCAGUCGUGACGGCACAGCCAGAGUCUGGCAUUACCAGCAGCAAGAGUGGAAGAGUGUCGUUUUAGACAUGACUGCCAGGCUGCCUGGGUGAGAAAGAAAAACAUAAAUUUAACGAUAAUUUACAAAAAAAGCAUUUUCUUUCCGUGAACCUCUCUGUAUUUCACUGAUGAAUUGUUUUCCUACAGGACGUCUGCCACUAACGGGGAUGACAAAACGAAGCUGGUGGUGACUAUGGUGGCCUGGGACCGCUCAGAUAGCAACGUCAUCACUGCUGUGACAAACUACCUGCUCAAAGUGUGGAGCUCAGCCACUGGACAGCUGCUGCAUAUUUUAUCAGUGAGUGGCUGAAGAGGCUGACCGUUUAGUUUGUGUUUCUUCAUGAAAUUGUUUGUUUAUUUGUGAAACUAAAAUUCCUAAAUGUUUUCCCCCCUCUCUCCUCCAGGGGCACGAUGACGAGGUGUUUGUGAUGGAGGCCCACCCAUUUGACUCACGCAUCAUUCUGUCUGCUGGCCACGACGGCAACAUUUACAUCUGGGACCUGACCAAAGGGGUCAAGAUCCGCAACUUUUUCAACAUGGUAAUAAUGUCAAAAAAAAACAUUAACUCUCUGUUAUCGCUGCCACUUCAUUUAAUCAAAAUGCUUGUUUUCCAGAUUGAAGGGCAAGGCCAUGGUGCUAUUUUUGAUUGCAAGUUCUCAGCCGAUGGGCAGCACUUUGCCUGCACUGACUCACACGGCCAUUUGCUCAUCUUUGGCUUUGGCUGCAGCAGGCCAUACGAAAAGGUAAACACUGAACACUGUAGCUCAAAACAGGUUGUUGAUAUUUGUCCUGUCAGUUUUAAUUUUUCAAAAGGACAACAAAGAAUCAAAACAGCCAAACAAUCGUAUGGAUAAGUGGUUACACACAUUGUUCCUUAACUCUCUGAGGUGAGGUGCACUUUUGAAGUCUUUUUAUCAACAGGUUUUUUUCUCUAUUCCCUCCAGAUUCCUGACCAGAUGUUCUUCCACACGGACUACCGACCUCUGAUCCGUGACUCCAAUAAUUAUGUACUGGAUGAACAGACGCAGCAAGCCCCACACCUCAUGCCUCCUCCCUUUUUGGUCGAUGUCGAUGGAAACCCUCACCCCCCCCACUACCAGCGCCUGGUGCCAGGGAGAGAAAACUGCAAAGACGACCAGCUGGUACCACAGCUCGGAUACAUGGCCAACAGUGAGAACUACUCUCUUAUUGUAAACAAGUUCAAAUGCUUAUGUGGUUUGAACUGUAGGGGAUAUAACUGGAAGAGUUUUACCUUUCUGUUGCUCAGGUGAUGGAGAGUUGGUUGAGCAGGUUCUUGGCCAGCAAACCGCAGAUAACAGAGAAAGCCUGCUGGACAAUCUCAUCAGACAACUGCAGGAUGAGCAGGACCAACGUCAGUAUGUCGAACCGCAGGCUGAAGGAGCAGAGGGUAUGUAACAUCAUUUUCUGAGUGACAAAUGCAGUGUACCAGAACAGUUUUAGUCUAGUGCUUUUAAUUUGUUCAUUUAUUAUAAGAAACAUUGGCAGCAUGUUGUCAAUUGUAGAUUUUCUGGAGCUAUUUGCUGUGAAAUUACAAUAUUUUUCAAGUCAGUAAUAUGUAAUAUUAAAUUAAUAUCCUUUUUAGGGGAUGCUGACGAUGGAGCAGAGGUGGGGGCUUCCCCUUCAGAUGUUGAACCACGCAGGACUGGGCAGGUGGAUGGGGUCUGGCAGAUGCAGCAUAAUGCACUACGUAGUCAAGUGGCCACAGAGAGGGACCUGCUGGCCUGGAGUCGCAGAGUGGUGGUCAAUGAAGUGCCACAUGGAAUAUCCAGGUGAGGCAGAUGAUGGAUUUCAUAAAGCAAGGAAAAGAUGACUUUACUUUUGAGUCUGAACUACUUUUCUCAAACUUUUCAUGAUGGAAACAUUUUGAUCUUUUCAGAGUUUCUGAGGAGUGCAGACAAGCUAAAGGCGACAUGGAAUGUUCUCUGUACAACGCAGAGAGGAGGAAGAAACCUGCAGCAGGUAUCCCGAAGGUACAGCAACCAUCCUUCCCUUCACUGUUCUUGUCACACAUCAAAUAUAUUGUCCAUGUGGUCACAGUCCUGCUUUUCUCACUCUCCAUCCUUUGAAUGUCCUUUUAGAGCGAUCCUCUGACUACCCGCCUUCGAUCCCUGCGGCCUACAAAGAAGAAGCAGCAGCAUCACACCUAUCAGACCCGCUCAGCUCAAGUCCGCCGUCCAGGGACCAGGAGCAGGAGUCUCAGCAACCGACGUAACUCUGACAGCCAGAAUGAGUCUGAAAGCGAUGGAGAUGUAUGCAUCCUCCUUCUCCUACUCCACCUAUCUAGCAUCAUUGGCAGAAUGUAGUGUACAGUUGCUGAAAUCAAACUAAAAAUGAGUGUUUUUCCAGAGAACUUCUUGAUGGAAGGUUUUAGUCAUUUUCUUGCAAAAGCUAAAAGCUUAAUCUUUCACUAUAGUAAAUGUAGAGUUCUGUUUUUGUUAACAGGCAGCAGGGCAGGGAGAGCAGAGCGAGGCCUCCUCUGAUGGUGAAACUCAGUGGCAGACAGAGAGCAGCUCCAGGUAAGGAACUUUGGAUUGGAGACAUUUUGAUUUAUGUUAUGAUCGUCCUGCUAAUACCUCUCACUUUCCACGCUUAGCGACUCCUCCAGUGAAUAUUCAGACUGGACAGCUGACGCCGGAAUCAACCUCCAGCCGCCGAAGAGAUCCAGCAGGAGGCUUGUGCAGCCCCAAGGUUACAGCAGCUCUGAGGAAGAGGAAGGAGGGGACAAGUCAAAAGAUGCAAAAAAGAGGGAAAGUGAGAAGAAGAAGAAGAAGCCCAAGGAGACCAAACAGGUGAGGUCACACCAUCUGUAACCAGAGUGAGAACCACUCUUUGUAGAAAACAUGCGUACCAAAGUUUAAAUCAUUUAUCAGUCUCAAUGCAUUAUUCUCUGUUGGGCAUGUGGGCCACAUUAUGAAUGCAAACAUUUUCCUCUAACAAUUUCACAUUCACAUAGAAACCCACCUCUUCUCUGGCUGGUCUUGAUGCGGAGGAGUGGAUGCCGCCGUCAUGGAUAAUGGAGACAAUCCCACGCCGCUCUCCUUUCGUUCCACAGAUGGGUGACGAGGUAAGGAGAGCCUCUCAGACAGAUGAGCAAACCGACCAGUUGAAAAUGUAUCAAUUCAUGCAUUUUGAUCCGGAUUCUUCUGUCCUCCUCCAGCUCAUCUACUUCAAACAGGGCCACCAGGCUUAUGUCCGGGCGGUCCGCAGGGCCAAGGCAUACAGUAUCAACCCUCAGAAACAGCCGUGGAACAGACUUGACCUCAGGGUGAGACGCAGUGUCACUGAAAAACCUCAUGUCCUCGAAUUCUCCUGGGACUGUUGGAGGAGUCUGGAAAGAACUGUCUGUUUUUAUAACUCUCUUCAAGGGAUAAUUCUCCUUUUUUUUUAAACACACUUAUAUGAGGUAUGUGUUAAUGGUUUAGUGAAUUGCCCAGAGAGGAUGCUGGCCGUCAACCACUGCAGAUAGUGGUGCAGCUCUACUAUAGAUGUUUAGUAACCUAAUAACUAAUGUCAGUGUAAGUGUACAUUCUAUCUGGAAACAUUUAAAGAGCUUUAUUUUGCCAUCAUUUUGCACUACAUACUGACGUCACACACAUAUACAUGUUGAAUUUUCAUACUUUAGCAUGUUAGUCAGUUUUCAGCACCAAAUGUCCCAAAAAUCACGUGGGACCAAGUUAAGUGGAGAUUUAUCUUCAGCGAGCUUUACUGGUUCUCUAAUUAAAGUUCAGAGAAGCUGAAGAUAUUGGGUAAAAAAAUAACAUUCAGUGAGGCGGGAAACUCGUUUAAUGAUUCAGACGUAAGUUUUAUGUGAACGGCUAAUAUCCUCUGAUUCACAAAGGUUCUGCUUUCUCAGUUUGUGGCUAUAGGCUCACACUUUCAACACCUGCGCCUCCAAGUACUUUGAAAUCUCUCCUCCUCUCCACUCAGCUCAGGAGUUUCUCCACUCUAUCUUUUGACCUGAUCAGUCUCAUUUGUCCUCUGUCAACUCCAGUUCAUAAAAGUGUCCCCAGGUAUCCACAGUAGAGGGUGCUGUCAGAACCACAUAUAUUUAAGUUUGGUUGUAUUUUUAUCUUUUAUGAAGCGUACACAGACCUGAACAGCUGAUCAGUGCAUUUCUGGCCUAGACACACGUAUUUUUUGCAUCUAAGAACAGUUCAAAAUAAAUGAGCACUCUGCAGCUUUGAAAAAUUGACAAGUACCUCAUACAACCCCUCAUAGCAAAACAAACUAUCCUUCAAACCGGUCAACCCAUUAUAAUACCCACUUCCAAACUCACAAAGUCCUUCACUUAAUCUCUCCACCACUGCCACCACAGUUAUUUUUCCUUCUUUCCACCUCUGCGUCUAUGAAGAUUUAUCUGCAUAUCAGAUUGCAGUUUCAUAAGAUCAGUCACUCCUGUUACACGUGUGAGAGGUGUCAGCAGCCUUUGAACUUGGUUCAGAUAUUCCUGUCCCCCGUAGAAUGAACUUUAACCACUGUGGUGACCUAGAUUUUUUUCAAAUUAACAUGUAAGCCAUUUAUUGCAAAACAAGUGACAUCUGGAUCAGCCUAAUGUGUUUAAUGCCAAGUUAAAAACAGUCGGGUCUGCUAAUGUUGGCAUGUUAGUGUUGUUACUGUGAGCAUAUCAGGAUCACUGCGCCUGAGUUCAGACUCACAGGGCUGCAGCCUUAUCUCAUUCUGAAUUAACAAGACUGAGUGACAUUUAGCAUCGCACAGUUGUUGGCUCUAGAUCAGUAGCUGCUUGUGUCACCUCCUCUACAGCGGCUGUCUUGAGCUUCUUCCACAGUUGAUGAAAAAGAAGAAAUUGAACUUAAUUUUGUUUGCACUGAAGGAAAGUCAUGUGUUCGAAGCAGCCAGAAUACAUAAACCUGGAUCGUUUCUCGUCUUUCCUGACUUUUUCUCAAACGAUCCACAACAACCACCUCGAUUCAGCAUGAACCUUUCUGUCCUGAACUUGUUUUCAUUUUGAGAAGUUCUGUUCUUCGUUUCGCGUGGUUAUUCUGAGUCUUACCUCAGCGUGUUGUCUUUCUCUUCAGGACCAGGAAUCUGUGAAGGUGGUGGGAAUUAAAUAUGAAGUGGGACCUCCCACCCUUUGCUGCCUCAAACUGGCUUUCUUGGACCCAGUCUCAGGGAAGAUGACCAAUGACUCUUUUUCGUUGAAGUGAGCUUUUACACGCAGCACAAACAGUGAAAGAAAGUACAAUUAAAUCCCUGUACAUGUAUGCAUUUCAGAUUUUUAAAUUCAUUUCCAUACUGUGCAGGUACCAUGACAUGCCUGAUGUCAUAGACUUCCUGGUGCUGCAGCAGUUUUACAACGAGGCCAAAGAGCACAACUGGCAGCCAGGUUCGUCUUUGUGAAAAUAUGCACUCAUCUCUCAUAUCAACCAGAGGUGAUGGUUCUGAAGGUUUGGUCCUGCUUUUGACUCACAGGUAUGAGGUUUCGUAGUAUCAUCGAUGAUGCUUGGUGGUUUGGCUCAGUGGAGGAUCAGGAGCCUCUUCAGCCUGAGUAUCCAGACAGCCUGUUUCAGUGCUAUGCAGUGAAGUACGUCUGUGUCACUAUCGCCAACAGUCAAUAUCACAUUCUUUCAAGCUCAGCUAAAGUUCCUUUUCUAAGUUUGUAAAGUCAAAAUAAUCUUCAACUGGUUCAUGUUUUUCUUCCUGUUUCAUCAGGUGGGACAACGGUGAGCGGGAGAAAAUGAGUCCCUGGGACAUGGAGCCCAUUCCUGAGGAAGGUCAGUAGAAAACUGCAGAAGAGUUCAUUUAUUUUAGAGUAUGACCUUUCCUGUUAAAUUGGGAAAUGUAGGGGUGCCAGUUUGGCUUUAAGGUUAACAUAUAUGCCCCUUGUUUGACCCCCAUCCCCUGCUCUCUCCUGCAGCUUAUUUCCCACUUUUUGAGUCUUUAUUCCACUGCUUACAUCAAGAAGACAUGAGAAAGACCAAAAAUAAUGUUAAAAAUUUUUAUAUUUCAAUCUUGUCUUUAAAAGCUGUUGAUUUAUAGCAAAGGAGUCUCUCCAGUUUGUUUUUGUAGAUUACAUUGAAGUCAUUUUUAAGUCCGAUUUUAAAAAAAGGUACUCUGCUGUCAACAAUAACAGUUCUAAAUUAAGGCAACAAGAGUCAACUCAAAUGAGAAGCUGUCCCAUCCGUUACGAAAUCACCUUGUGGCAAAAAUGAGAAGUGUUCCAGGGAGACAAAGUGCAUCAGAGCCUUAAUCUUUUUUUAUGUAAAUAUUUUCCAUUAAUGUUAAUUUCCUUAAGAAAGCAUUUGAUUUUCCUGAGUUCUGCAUUUUAUUGAAAGCUUACUCAGUCUCUUAAACCUGCAACAAAACUUCACGUUUCUGUAUAAAUAUUGUCAGCUGUGGUGAAACGUUAACUACAUAAACAAAUUAAAGUCUUAAUAAUUAAUGAUAAAUAAUAAAACUCAAGUCAUUUAACAGCUGUUGAUUUAAUUUCAAACCUUUGAGAACUUAUCCUUAUUUAACCGAAUGUAGAAAUGUAGCUUGUCAUAAAGUUGGUUAAGUUGUUUUUUUCAGACCGAUAAUUGUUGCAUUAAUGGGGCUCAGACCAAUCAGAAGGACGUCUACUUUGAUAUCCUUGAACAUUUAAAGUCUUUUGUCACACUGAAAGUUUCUUACUGUUAUGUUCAUACCUGAACAUUUGAAACCAUUUGCUGCUCCUUUUUUAAGUACUGUAAUUUCCUUUUUGAUGCAAGUGAACCACCGAGUAGGCCAUUCAUAUUCAAAUGUGCCAGACUGUCAAUCAGUGUUCAUUUGGCACUUUUACCUGGUCAGUGCAGAUUUAUUCUGCUGUUUUUUUCAGUGGCAGAGUGGUGAAAAUUCAAAACUAUUCUUCCAUUUGAAUAAGACUCUUAAUAUUUUAAUUCCCUUUUUAAAGCGAACUUGGGUUUUUAUCAGGAAGUUCUUUUCAGCAACAAAAGGUCAUUUGAAUCCAGGUAUUUGAUUUCAUUGUAAUUUUGUUUUGUGUUAAAGUACUCUGCUUUGUGUUUUUCUUUCAGCUGCAUUACCAGAUCAGGUUGGUGAUGGUGUCGAGGUGGCAGAAGACGAGCUUAAGGCUCUUCUUUACCGACCUCAAGAGGGCGAGUGGGGGGCUCAUACAAGGGAUGAAGAAAGUGAGAGAGUAAUCCAAGGCAUCGACCAGCUCCUUACACUGGGUAAGGCCUCUAAAGGGUUAAUAACAGUUUAUUAGCCAAGGCGAAGUCCAGCUGUAUUAAAUCUAGUUUAUGUUUCUGUGCAGAGGUUGCCAAGGCGUUUGUGUCACCUGUAAAUCUCCGGGAAUACCCCUUGUACUGCACUGUGGUGGCUUACCCCACUGACCUCAGCACCAUCCGCACACGGCUGGACAACCGCUUCUACAGGUGAGGGAGCGCAUAACAAUCCACAUAUUACACAUUUAAUCUAAUUUAAAACAUUGAGCCAGUUUGUUGACAUUUGAGUUUGUUUGUUUCAGGCGCAUCUCUGCUCUAAUGUGGGAGGUGCGCUACAUCGAACACAAUGCCCGCACUUUCAACGAACCCCAGAGCCCCAUUGUAGCAGCUGCCAAGGUGGUGACGGACGUUCUGCUGCAUUAUAUUGGGUAAAACUUCUUUUAGAUCAUGUUUUGGUGCUCUCACUGAUUCUGGAGAUUAGAUUAAAGAUUACUGAUGUUCUCACAUUUCUCGGCUCUCUUAUCUCCUUUAGGGACCAGAGCUGCACAGACAUCUUGGAUCUGUAUCACAAAGUAAAGUCUGAAAUCAGCAGCGGAGAAGAAGCUGAGGUGAGAUAGGCAGAGUUUUUUUUUUUCCUUCUAUUUUAAAAGAUCAUAUUGCUCUGUGGAUAGUUAAUUUCUGGUUUGUACGUCUUCCUCUGCAGGUUGACUUGGAUGUAGACUCUGACACUCCAGGAACGUCAACAGGGAACCGGGUAAGUUUAGCAUAAAACAUCAUAGACCGGCUGAAACAUUUAAUCCUCUUAGGCCCCUAAGUCAGAGAUGGGUUCCUCCUGGAUUGAACUAAAAUUGAUUAUUUUGGUCCCUGGGCCUGUACUCUAAGAUAGGGUUUUUGGUCAUCGAGGUAACUUCAAGGUUAACUCCAAAUUUUCAGCACUAUUAAAGUGGUUCACUUCUUACCAGGAUAGAUCACCAUGGUAACUCUUGCUGUACACCUUACCUGCUCCAAGGCAGUUAAUGUUCAGGAUAAGAGAGUUAUUGUCUUUAUUCCUCAAUACAGACUAAAACAGAGUACCAUCAGAGGUGUCAGAUAUGAAAUGAUUCAUGCUUAUCCCUAUGAGUCAUCUUUCCUUAUUUAUUUGUAUCAUCUCCAUAACACUUCCUUUAAUACAGUCAGAGCUGCAGCUGGAAUUUGAAGUCUAAACCUGCCACACUCCCACAGAUUAAAUCCCAGCAACAAAUCAGUUCCUGAGCAUAAAAGGGGAUUAGUUUGGUUGUUGUUGGAUCGCUUCCGCGCUGAUGGGAAAGUGAUACCAUUAAAUUUGGCACUCACUCUAGGUGCUUUUCUAUAAUCUAAGUCUAACUUCAUUUAGCAAACACAGCAGUGUUGAUUUAGUCUGGAUUAUGUGUCUAAAUUUGUUGUAUUUCAUCGAUAUUAUGGUUUGCUCUUUGUUUUUGUUUGAAAAUAUCGUGAUCUGUUGACAGCUAACUCAUUCUUGUAUCUAACACUGCCUCGUUCAUGUUUGUGCACUCACUUUGGUAACUCUGGGUUGAUACUGUAUAUCAGGCUUGUAACCAGCUUCAUGAGACUAUUCAGUGUGAUCUGAGUGGUUAGGGUUAGUGAAGCCAGAUAAAUGAUACACAGGGUAUGUUGAACUUGCUGUAUGAUUGUAGACCCCUGCAGAGGAGACUCACAUUCAUCAAAAACAACUCCAAAAGAAAAAGGAAAAUUUGGUGCCGUACUUUUCAUUUCCAAGUUUUGAUGCUAAUACUUGUGAUUGGCUCAGUUUGAUGUUUCUGUAACAGUAAGCCAUCUUAGCUGUUUGUUUAUUUGUGGUUCAUGCUUUUCUGGGCCAAUACCAAUCAUGUCACUGUUCGGUCCAUAUGACUUUCAUUGUCUUCCUGCCAGGGGUCGAGCUCUAACUCCCGGGGUGUUCCAUUGGAUGUGUCGUUAUGGCGAGGUCAAUGCAAAGAGCUGCUGCGUCGGAUGAUUUCCUCGUCAGAUUCAGAACCAUUUCGACAGCCUGUGGACCUCUUUGAGUAUCCGGUAAACCAGUAUUUGAUUAAAUGUUAUUUUCUGAUGACGUUGAAUUUCAUGCCCCCAUCAAUUUCUCUGAACACGAGCAUCUCUACUCACACUUGUGUCCAGGACUAUCGAGACAUCAUUGACACUCCGAUGGACCUGGGUACAGUUUCAGAGACGCUGGUUGGAGGAAAUUAUGAAAAUCCGAUGGAGUUUGCUAAAGAUGUGCGCCUCAUCUUCAGCAACUCCAAAGCAUAUACACCUAACAAAAAAUCCCAGGUGAAGUUUCAUACCCAGGAUUAUAAAGAGCUGCUACGCUGUGAGAAAUCAAAAAUUUGGUUUUGUAAUUUGAUUCCAACUCUCUUCUGUGUCUAGAUCUACACGAUGACGCUCAGCUUGUCGGCCUUCUUUGAAAAACACAUCAUCUCCAUCAUCUCUGAUUACAAAUCAGCCAUCCAGAAUGAGCGGCGGGCUCGCCAGAGGCUGAGUUACAGGAACAGAUUGCACAACGGUGGCAGCUCACCACCAAUCAGUCCAUCCCCAAGGUACUGAGCCUCGCCUACAAACCUGACACUCGACACCGUGUCUUAUGUGGUGAUCUUAGAUGUAAUCUUGUUAACGGGAUGUACAGUUCUAAUUUCUGCUGGGGAAUAGCCUAGUUCUAAAAAGGUGUUUAAAGCAGUAUAUUGAAGCUGAUGAAAAGUGCUAUUAUGUUAUGAGACUAAAGGCUCUGAAGUGUUGCUUGUUUUCCUCUGUCUCUUAAAUGUUCAGCCCUAAAGGGAAGCACAAGUCAGGGAAGGUGUCAAAGCCAAAAAAAUCCCAGACCUCUACCAAGAGUCGUUCUCGGAGAUCAUAUCAGGGUAUGACUGCAAGUUUCUUUAUAUGUCUUUUGUUUCUUGUGGUGUGUGGGAAAUUUCUGUUGUUUUACAAUGUUAAGAGAGGGGAGAAAAACAGCCUUUUAAAAUUUUAAAGACAUUUGUCCUUUUUCUUCUCAAUUUUGUUCUGUAUAACUUUUAAAAUGCCCUCCAGAUUAAGUUAAAUCUGGAUUAUUUUUUGAUUUUUUUUGCUGGAAAACUCUGUGAAAGGGCUGCAGGUUUGACAUCUUAAUAUCAACAAUAUAUUUCAAGUCAGUACCACUUUUACUGGCAAUAAUCAGCUGCUGCAGAUUACACCACUGAUGUAAGUCGAAAGUAAUAUAGUUACAGUCCUGGUAUGUAAGUGUGUUCUCUUUAUGCUUUAGCCCAGCAAAGCAGAAGUGUAGCAGAAGAGGAGGACAGCCCGUCUUCUUCCCCAAGUUCAGAGAGAAGCAGCAAUAACGUAGACGAAGAGCCGCAGCGAGUGACCCGCAGCCACACAACUCCAGUCAAGAAGUCAGGUGAGAAAACAUCCAAACUCUGACCAAAGCGUCUCAAAGUGUUUGUUUUGUUUCUUUAAAUGUCUGCCACAGAUUUCAGAAGUCGUCUUCUUGUGUUGUGUCAGGGCGCCUGCGUAGCUCACGUCUGAGUAACGGCUCCAGACUGCGCCACAAGCGAGAAGAGCCGCAGUCUGACGAUGACAAAGAGGAGGCGUCUGGAUCCAACAGCUCCUCGUCUGAGUCAUCCUCCACCUCAUCAUCGUCUUCUUCUUCGUCGUCAUCAUCAGACAGCGAGAACAGCUCUGAUUCUGACAUGGAGAAGUACGUGGAGGGGGGCGACCACGACUACAGCAAAGCCCCCUGCCUCUCAGUACGCCUUGAAGCUAAGGGUAAGGCGGCGGCCUCAGGGAAAAGAAGACACAAAGGAGGGGAGGAGGAGGAGGUACAGAGACCUAAGAGAGCACGGGUGCAGCUGCCUGUAAAAGCAGAGGAGGAGGAGGACGAGGAAGAAGAAGAGGAGGAGGAGGAAGAGGAUGAAGAGGAGGAUGAAGAGGAAGAAGAAGAGGAGCAGCCGCAGAUGCAGCAAAAGGAGAGUUUAAAACAAGAGGAGGAGGAGGAGGAAGAAGAAGAAGGGGAUGGAGAAGAAGAAGAGGAAGAGCCUGAGGAGGAAGAAGAACCUGAAGAGGAGGAGGAGGAAGAAGAGGAGGAGGAAGACGACAACUCUGAAGUGCAGAGAGGAGCCGUAGCAGCAAGGAGUCAACCUGAGAGAGGCGGUCAGUGCAAGACCCGGCGGGUGACCACUCGAAACCAGGGCCGCAGGACAGUCAUGUACAGGGACGACUCAGAGGACGAUGGCCACGGGUCCAAAGAGGACCCCCUCAAUCUGGGUAUGUCCCGCUCAGGACGGGUACGCCGCAUGACGGAGAAAGCUCGUGUUAGCCACCUCAUGGGCUGGAGCCACUGACAUGUCGCCCUCUCUCAAACCUCAAUAAAAGAAACUGUCAAACGCGUAAAACUUCAGGGAUUUUUUCGUUUUCUUUUUUUUUUUUUUUGUACAAGUGUAUAUAAUAUAUAAAUAUAUAUAUGACUUUUUUUUUUAAUAAUCUGGGACUGCUAUUGACUCUCAAACUGAUGGCUGGUGCUUGUGACACGUUGCCAUGGAGUUACCUCUCCUGGUCAACGGAGCUACUGUUCAACACGGACCCUCCCUAAACUGGACUCUCUCACCUCAGCCUUACUGCUCGCUGGCAAAGCCUUUAGGACGCGGCACUGCUCUUCUUCUCCUCCUCCUCAUUCUGUAAUUAACACUAGACUCCUCGUGUCUCUCCCAUGACUCCUCCUACUCCUGGUCACCAAAGAAGGAUGCAGAGAUGCCAAAAAUGGUGCUCAUGUUUUUAUUUCUCUGGGGUUUUUUUUCAUCUCCCUCAAGUAAUUUCACAAAACUCUUUGUGCUAGUAGCCACUAGGUCAACACUGAUGUCAACUGUUUUGGUACUCAGUCUGUCCUCACAACCAGAAGCCUUAGUUCCCAGGUUCUGUUGGUUAGUUUGGGUGCUAACAUUGGAUAAGAAUCUGUGUCAGUAGAAUAACGCACCUUGUUCAAAUCGAAAACCAGACCAAUACAGAACAUUCAUCUGAUAUUGUUGAGCCAGUAUAUCAGUGAUGAUGUUUUUUUCUUGAUGUAUGUAUCCAUGUGGGUGAAGACCCUUUGUGUAGUUUAUCAGCUGGGUUAUUCCCUAUAGCUUACAAUUCUCAGUGCUGUCUGCAGUCCAUGUAGCAGAGCGUCAAAAAAAAGGGUCCACACUUGAAGUGGUUCAAAGUGUAGAGUGUUAAGAAAGCAGCCUUAAAAGAACCUCUCUGUGAUUUCAUCAGCGCAGAAUCUACAUGGAAAUGGUCUGUUUUCAAACCAGCUUCAAAAGUCAUGAUCCUCCACCAGAAAUCAGAAGUUGUAGAUAUUUUCUUUCCCUCUCGAUCUCAAAAAAAAAUGUCAUUUUGGUCUGGCUCUAGUAACAUCCCAGCUUCUGAAACCCACGUCGGACUUGGCCUGAAUGUUAAAUUUUCGCCCCACUACUCUUGUAUUUGACUUUUAGGUCUACUAAAUUUCUAAUUAUUAGAGUUAAGUGACUUUAUUUUUGUUUGUUUUCAUUCUUGGGUAAAAAGCCACUGCAUCCUGUCUUGUACUCCCAGAUCUACUUCCAUUAAAAACUGCUUCCAUCUCACCUUCUCCAACACCCAGCACGUGCAAAAGCAAAGAAGGCCCCUUGCCUACUUUUUUUCUUCCACAUAAAAUAUUUAUUUCCACUGUGUUAUACUUGGAUUGCGUUUUCUAUUUUUUACAAUAAUGGUGAUGAGGAAAAGGAAGUAUUUGCACAUUUAUCUCCUCCAUGUGGCAGCUGAAAAAUAAAUGUUGGAGAAAGAGAAACAGGAUGAAACCUCAUGAUUUUUGUGUAAGAAUUUUGAACUUUUUCAGCAUUAAUUCAUUUUUUUGUGUGUAUUUUUGAGCUUGAAACAGGCAUGGCUAAAACAUCUUUCAACCUGUGAUUGAACAAUGUGAUGGAUGAUCAUGUGGUUAUCCAUCAAAACCAUCUUUGACUUUUAUUUUAACAGUGAGGCGGUAACUCUGUAAGGUUUUUCUACAUUUAGAUGUGCCAUUUUUUUCUCCUUUGUAACCAACAGAAAACAGUUUACUCCAUGGGGAACUACAAUCAGGUUUUGAUUUGCUCUCAGAAUCACUGUGUUUAGUAAUGAUUGAUUCCUGGGUUGAUUGUUUCUAUUUUAGAAAUCUUUUGGAAGUUUCAAAAAAUAGAUGUUGCACCUAUAAUGUUUACUUUUAUGCAGUCGGUCAAUCAUCAUUGGAAGACCACUUCCAUGUCAACACUGGGUGCUCUGAUCUGAACUCACCUUCUCAUUGCUCUGCCUCCAUGUGGUCACUUACAUGAGAGAAACCUCAGAGGUUAUUUGUGCUCAUAAGGGUUUUUGUUUUUGUCAGGUUAUCAGAGAUAAAAUACACAAAUCAACACACAGGGUGCUCUGAGCUGCAGCAUUAAUUGGCGUCCUGAAAUAUUGAUUCAUAUUUUGGGAUCUUAUUUUCAUACAGUAGAUUAAAGCCUCGCCAGGAAGCAUCAGGCUAGUGGAUGAGUACAACAAUAACAUUCUGCUGUAGGUGGAAUGAGCUUAUGUGACUGUCUUUUAUACACGAUGUUUGGUUGUACGUGUUUUCCCUUUUUUAAUAAAAGAUUGGAUUUCUUGAAGAUUUCCAGUGUUAGUAGUUUUGUUCUUGAAUAAUUCCUGUUUGUGUUACGCCACCACAAGCUUCAAGAGCUAAUUCACCAGCACCUGCACUGAGUCAUCUGCAGAUUUUAUGAUGGUAGUAGAGUCAUAAACAUGCACUGAAGGCAAGGAUUCGAUAGUUUCUGAAUAUUGGAACGGGGCUAUCGACCAUGACAGGAUGCGUCGUAAACCUGAUUGUUCCAUUUCCCACUGCUAAACUGCAUUAAUGCACUGAAAACUGGGGUGAGUCAGACGAGGAACAAAAAAGGUUGAGCUGUGACGCACCAUGCUCUGCCACACCUAGAAACUGCAGAGACGAUGGAGGAUCAUGGGAAUGAAGACUGAUCAAUGCAUAAAUAGGGAAAGGACAGUUUAAUGGAUGUUAAGGAAGCACAGCGAAGAGUUAAAGCAGCUUUAUAUCUCGCCAAGUAAAUGACAGAUUGAGAAUGAGGUGAUUACGGGUGAAAGUAAUGGUACCUCGUUGUUUUUCUCCAUUUUUUUAAAUAAUAAAGUUUGUAUUUCGAUGAUCUUUUGGGGGUUAGGUGAUGAGAUUAGCCCGAGCUGAUAGUAUUUAGCUAAAUUUAAAGAAAACUAGCAGCUGAUGGAGUGUCCUCUAAAGAGCGCCAUAUAUCGAAAUAAGCACUAUAACUCCACUUUUGUACGACAGCCCUCUAAAUAAUGAAUCUCUGGUUUAAAUGUUCCAGACAAGUAGAAGAAGCUGUCUGCACUGAAGCCAGAGCCAUCAAGAAUUGUUUUUCAAAGUUUAUAUAAUAUUUCAAAUGUCCUUGUCCACCUUCCUCAGAAUAUAAUAUUCUUACAUAAAGUCAGUCUAAAGGGUGACCAUCAGGAGAGCAGGUGUGA